AUGACUGACGUCGAUAUGUCCAACGGCACUGAUGCCGCGGGCAAGCCCGAGAGACUUCCUAUCACCGUCUCCAAGCCCACGCCCUACACCUUCGACCUGGGCCACCUGACAGUCAACGACCCGAACCCUCUGGAGAUUACGCCCGGCGAGCUGAACAGUUCCCUCCAAGCCACCGCCCGCGAUGGCGCCCAGUGUCUCUUGAACCAACUGCUUACAACAUGCAACAUCACUUCGUCUGCGCAGAACGGCAUUCUCCUCAGCCUGCCGCCCCCGAACACCGACCUCCCCCGCUUCAAGCCCCUGCCUACACCCAAGCCCCCGACCAAGUGGGAGCUGUUCGCUCGUAAGAAGGGCAUCGGCAAGUUCAGCACCAAACCUGGUGCCACCCUGGCGGACAAGGAGCGCCGCAAGAAGCUCGUCUACGACGAGGCAUCUGGCGAGUGGGUUCCCAAGUGGGGAUACAAGGGCAAGAACAAGGAUGACGACAACCAGUGGCUUGUGGAGGUUGAUGAGAGCAAAUGGAAGAAGGAGGAGGAAGCUGCUGCGAAGGGUGGCUCAAUUCGUGGAAUGGGUCGCGCUGAGCGGAAGGAGAGGAUCAAGCGUAAUGAGCGUAAGGAGCGGUCGAAUGCGGCUCGUGCGAAGACAGGGAAGAAAUAG